AUGGAUGGUGAUACCGAGUUAUCACAAGACAUGGCGGUUGAGGACAGAAAUUCGAAAACCAAUGAGUUGCGUCGUUUUAUUUUGAACUUUUUAUACAGACGUCUACAACUUAAUCUAUUACGCUUGAAAGUAGACAGUAAAUGUCAUAUCGUUUCUACUAAGGAAUGUGCAGAAACGAGAGCACAGAUGAGGAAAUCAGAAGCUGGUGUUGCAAAUAAGCUUUCCGUCCUGAAUAACAAACUUAAGGCUAUAGAAGAGAAAUCGAAGGACGAAAAUGAAACGUACGACGCGAGCGAGCUGGAAUACGUGGAACGUAUUAAGACGGAAACUGAAGAAAAAGGUACGGAAAUUGCAACUGUAGAAACUGAAAUUAGCAAAUUUAUUGAAAUGUGA